GCGCGCGCCAUGGCUGACCGGAGUCCGGGAGCGGUGUGGGUCGGCGGGAGCCGCGGGGAGGCUCGGUGAGGGGCCGCCUCCCGGAGCGGGGCAGCCGGAGCGGGGGAGGAGCAAGCGUGAGGCUGCCCGGGCCGCUCUGCGGCUAGCGCUCGCCGUCGCUCCGUGCCGGCCGUCAUGUGGGCUGCCCUGAGGUUGGCCCCACGGCCGUGCGCCCGCGCCCUCAUCCCCCGGCCGCGCGCUUAUCACGGCGACUCUCCGGCCAGGCUGGGCACCCAGCUAGACUCGGGCUCUGCCGUCUACCAGGAGAACUAUGAACAGAUGAAAGCACUAGUAAAUCAACUCCAUGAACGAGCAGAGAAAAUAAGAUUAGGAGGCAGCCAGAAAGCCCGAGAACGCCACAUAUCAAGAGGAAAACUUUUAGCCAGAGAUAGAGUGGACAAUCUCAUAGACCCUGGGUCUCCGUUUCUGGAAUUAUCUCAGUUUGCAGGUUACAAGUUAUAUGUUAAUGAGGAGGUCCCUGCUGGUAGCAUUAUUACAGGCAUUGGGAGAGUAUCAGGAGUGGAAUGCAUGAUUAUUGCCAAUGAUGCCACCAUCAAAGGAGGUACCUAUUACCCAGUGACUGUGAAGAAACAUUUACGGGCGCAAGAAAUUGCAAUGCAAAACAGGCUCCCCUGCAUCUACUUGGUUGAUUCUGGAGGAGCAAACUUACCUUUUCAAGCAGAUACAUUUCCAGAUCGAGAUCACUUUGGCCGUAUAUUCUAUAACCAGGCGAUUAUGUCUUCUCAAAAUAUUGCACAGAUAGCGGUGGUCAUGGGCUCCUGUACAGCCGGUGGUGCUUAUGUUCCUGCAAUGGCUGAUGAAAACAUCAUUGUACGCAAGCAGGGUACCAUUUUCUUGGCAGGACCCCCGUUGGUGAAAGCCGCAACCAAGGAAGAAGUGUCAGCUGAAGAUCUUGGAGGUGCCGAUCUGCAUUGCAGAAAGUCUGGAGUAACUGAUUACUAUGCUUUGGAUGAUUAUCAUGCCCUUCACUUAACUAGGAAGAUUGUGAAGAAUCUAAAUUAUCAGAAGAAAUUAGAUGUUACUAUAGAACCUUCUGAAGAUCCUUUAUUCCCUGCUGAUGAAUUGUAUGGAAUAGUUGGUACAAACCUUAAGAGGCAGUUUGAUGUCCGAGAGGUCAUUGCUAGAAUCGUGGAUGGAAGCAGAUUCAACGAGUUCAAAGCCUUAUAUGGAGACACAUUAGUUACAGGAUUUGCUAGAAUAUUUGGAUACCCCAUAGGUAUCAUCGGAAAUAAUGGAGUUCUCUUUUCUGAAUCGGCAAAAAAGGGGGCUCACUUCAUCCAGGUAUGCUGCCAAAGGAAUAUUCCUCUGCUGUUCCUUCAAAACAUCACUGGAUUUAUGGUUGGUAGAGACUAUGAAGCUGAAGGAAUUGCCAAGGAUGGUGCCAAGAUGGUGGCCGCUGUGGCCUGUGCCAACGUGCCCAAGAUAACUAUCAUCAUUGGAGGGUCUUACGGGGCUGGAAACUAUGGGAUGUGUGGUAGAGCAUAUAGCCCAAGAUUCCUCUACCUGUGGCCAAACGCUCGCAUCUCAGUGAUGGGAGGAGAGCAGGCGGCCAGUGUGUUGGCCACAGUAGCAGAGAACCAAAGAGCACUCAAAGGGAAACAGUUGUCCAGUGCUGAUGAAGCAGCUUUAAAAGAGCCCAUCAUUAAGAAGUUUGAAGAAGAAGGAAACCCUUACUAUUCCAGUGCAAGGCUAUGGGAUGAUGGGAUUAUUGAUCCAGUGGACACCAGACUGGUCCUGGGUCUCAGUCUUAGUGCAGCCCUCAACGCACCAAUCCAGAAGACUGACUUUGGCAUCUUCAGGAUGUAACUGGAACAUAUGGCAUCUUCCACUGGACAUGUACCAAAAAUUAAUAGACUUAGUAGCCUUAAAAUUUUAGACUUCUCCAACAUGUGGCUAUAAGAGUAAAAUUGCUUUCUUAACACAGUACAUUGUAUUUUUCUACCUUAAAAAAAAAAUCAGUGAAGAUAUUUAUUUGAUGAACUUCAAUUCCUUGUCAAUUUUCCCAGAGAAAUUUUUCUGUGGUUCACCUUUGCCGCCCAUAAAAUGAAGAGAAUGAUUUACAGUUACCCUUCCUCACCCACGCAUAGUGGGGAAAGUUCUGUAACCUAUAAAUUGCAGAUAUGAUGGAGAUUAUUCACCGAAAGUUGCUUUUCCACUGAAAUGAAUGUUUUUCUGAUUGUGCACGAUGCGAUUUUAACACAGUUUUUAAAAGCAUCUGUUGCUGUCUGCGCUCGGGGUCCUGUUUGCUCCCUUCUCUCUUCAUCCUCCUCCUCCUCCUCGGCUUCUACUGCCAACAGCCGUCUCCAAGGCUGACCUCCACGUUGCUGAAACCAGUGGGUUCUUUCGUGGUUUUAUUGGACCGAACUCUCUGCACCAUUAAGAGCGGUGGAAUGCUUCCCCCUAGCAGCGCUCUCCUUAGUGUCCGGACCAUAACUCUAGGUUUUCUACUAACCUGUUUGGCCUUUCUUGUUCCAUCUCCUUUGCCAGGCCCUGUUCCUCUACCGAUUUCUCUUACACUCCCUGUACCGUUUAUCCUGAUUUUUCACUAGUAAAAGAUUAACAAAUUCUUUAAAAGGUACAAAAAUAACAGGGAAGUAUCUCAUCCUUUUUUUUUAAAUUGUGAUAAAAUGUAUGUAUCAUAAAAUACAGCAUUUUCACCCUCUUAGGUGUUCUGUGGCCUGAAAACAUUCACACGGUUACGCUACCAUCGUCCGCAUCCAUCUCCACAACUUUUCAACAUUCUGAGCUGAAAGUCUGUUAUUGGUAACUCCCCGUUCCCUCUCCCCCAGCUCACGGCACUUUGCUCAUUCUUAAAUAUAUGUGUUUCUCAUGGUUUGGUUUAUUCUCACUGGGUUGGUCUAGCCCUUUCUGGCUUUGGUUGCCGCCUGAAUGCACCUGAUUCCUGCCUCAACACAUCUCCCUGAGCUCCAGACCUGUAUGUCCCCUCCUGGUUUUCUGCACAAUGAUGGUCUUACAGGAGCCUCAGGUUCAAUCAUCAGGGUCUGUUGAUUUUGCCUCCUGUCUCUUGAAUUCCCCAUCACUUUUGUUCUCCGCCGUGGCAGGCUUUAGAAGUGGUCUGUGUCCAGUCGUAGCUUGCACUGCCUACUGCCUCUGUCGUGCGGAGAGUAGCGUGGCCAUGCUAGUCUCAUUCCAAGUGCGUGUCUGGUCAGGCUGUCCCCUUGCUUCAAUGUCUCACUGGCUCCCGGUGGAAGUGCGAGACCCUCCAUGGUCUCCAGGAUUGUGGCCAUCAUGCCCCUUCGUCUGUCUCAUCUCUUUGACUCUUCCUCACCCUUGGUGCUCCAACUGCUCUGGACUUCUCAUUCCCUGAACCUACAGAGUCCUUUCCCCCCCCCAAGGAUCCGUCUGCCUGCACCAUUCUACUUCCCCUUAAACAUUUACCAUUUUGUCCAUGACCUCCUCGGGCUGGGUCAGACAGUAUGAGAAACACAAACAUUUCUUUAAUAUUGCCCUCCUGUUAGGAUGUAAGCUCUCUGAGAGCAAGGAUCUCCUGCUUCGCCUGCCCCUCCAGUCCCUAGCACUAGUAGGUGCUUACAUGAUAUGGUGAAUGAAUAAGAAAUCCAUACUUUAAUGGAUGUCUUCAGACCACAUUAAAAUUGUGUGAUUAUAUGAUCUGAUACAACUAUCAGGUGCUUUCCUAAUAAAAUAUUUCAAACAUUG